AUGAGCGGCGUCGCCGGGCGGCGCGACCAGCGCGCGAGCAGCGAGACGGAGAUCGAAUGCGACGAGCUGCAGCCCAUGACGGAGGAGGAGGAGGAGAGCGGCGCGGGCUGGCGGCGGCUGCUGAAGCUCCCGCCGCGGCCGUCGCUGGCGCCCGUGGCCCCCACGUUCUCGCUGCACGACCUGGCGCAGAAGAAGGAGGCGGCAGCGGCGGGGGGCGACGAGCACGCGCCCUCGACGCUCGCGGGCCACGUCAUGUGGAGGCUCGCCAUGCGCAUGUCGUCCCACUACGAGAGCCGCCUGCUGCAGCACAUUUCGCGCUCCAUCCUCAGCCGCGGCGCUCACAAGCAUGGCGACCGGAAGCCGAGUUUCCUGCUCGAGUACGACUCGGACACUGCCGACUCCUCCUCGUCAACUAAGCCCAGGAAGACUGUACGGAGCGCUAUCCCAGGCCUGCGGAGGAUAGAAGACGGUGCCAGACAGCCAAAGAACACACAACCGAUGGACCCGGACGCCGCCGCGUGCCCCGAGACCAGACAGCCGUCGUCGUCUGCCGCAGCACGACCCCUCUCCAGCGCUGCUGCGACCGGAGCCGCCUCAGCUUCGUCAGCGACGGGCUCUGCCAUCCUGCCGCCGAUGCCGCCGCUGGUCUUCUCGCCCAGCAAAGGCAGGGCGUACAAACGCGCGCGCGUCAUGACUCUGAAGGAGUACUCGAACUGGAAAUACCCUGGACUGCGUCCCGGUCUUUCAGUGCGCGUGGUGCGCUCCGAGACCGUGAGCUCCAUGCCUGCCGUGACCGAGUACGUGCUGCACGUCGUGGACCUGCAUACCCGUGUGUUCUGGAUCACGAAGAAGCGCUUCAGUGAUUUUUACUUCCUUCGACGCAAAGUUCGGGGAAUGAUUCGACGUGCACCAGCAGCUGAUGACGACGAGAGGGAUUAUUUACGCUUCCUGAUGGACAUACCGUUCCCUCGUCGGCGGUUCCGACCAGCGAGCGCUUCGGCCAUUACACGCGGCAUGGGCGAGAUCGAAGUAUUUUUGAGAAACUUGGCAGCUCUAGACCCGCACUCGCGUCUCCAGCGCAGCAUUUUGAUGGAGCUGCAGCUCGAGAUGUGCUCUGCGGAAUUUGUGUCGUCGCUGGAGAAGAUCGACACGACGGGCGAACCGAUCGAGCCCAAGUGGCUGACCUACGAUUUGUUCCGAGUCCUCAACUGUGAAGGCACCGUGGAAGGUAGCACGUGCUACCGCUUCUUGCACGCGUUCCGCAACCGCGUGACCACGAUCGAAACUGCAGUGUGCCCCGAGUGCAGCAAGUUUGAAGGAAUCGAGGUCGCAGCGGCGGCAGUGAAGGACCUGCGUACCACGGUGACGAGUAUCGAAAAGUACAUUUCAGAGCACCUGGAUCCGCAGUACGCCGACACGCUCUCGUUGCUGGAACAAAGCGUUGACGUGCAGUCCGUGCUGGACGAUUGCGUGUACCACGCAGUGGAGGACACCAUUUUUGUACCACUAGAGAAGCAGGUGAACUUCCUCGUGGGCACGACGGUGGAUACGGAGGCCGAGCAGCGCCUUGUGAAAAACAUCGAGCGCUUGCGGUGUAGGUCACAGACAGACAGCGGUAUUCCGGAGCACCUGCAGUCUGAUGAAGAUUGGGGACUAUCGUGCCACCACCUGAGUAUGAUUGACGAGCGAACGCUGCCCAUGGACAAGAUCCAGGAGUUGUUGCGCUCGGCCCUGGAGAUUUUCAAGAGCUGCGGAGAGAAGAACCUCGAGUGGCGAGAAAACUCGGCCCUGACCGCAGACGACUACCUCCCCAUCCACAUUUACGUCGUGGUGAAGAGCGGAUUGAAGCGCCCGCUCGCCACCAAGGAGCUGCUGGGUGCCAUGAUCCACCCGUCCCUGAUGUUGGGCGAGGUGGGCUACUUCCUCACCAUGUUCGAGGUCGCGCUCAAGUACAUUGCCGACAUGUAAAUCAAGACUAGCUGAGCCAAGCUACACACACCCAACCAAUUUUGCGCGACCGCGACAAGCAGCGACGUCGAAGCAUUUUUCCCAUUCCAAGUCCAGUAUAAUAGGGGAUUCGACACGAUGACCGCAAGAGUCAGCAGGCAGGAUACAGACAGCCCUGCACGUUUAACGUAAGAAAUGAGACGUACCAUACUCC